AUGAGGACAGACCUUCAGAAGCAACACACUGAGUUGUGGCCUUGCCUAAAGCCAGGUAAGCUGAUGAGGACAGACCUUCAGAAGCAAUACACUGAGUUGUGGCCUUGCCUAAAGCCAGGUAAGCUGAUGAGGACAGACCUUCAGAAGCAACACACUGAGUUGUGGCCUUGCCUAAAGCCAGACUUUGUAACUAUGGAAGUAUUAAAGAUAAAGGCUGAACCCUCUUCUGAUGAAAAGCAGGAUGCUUUGUUAGAUGUCAAACUGAUCAAAAACGAAGAUGAAACAAUUACAUUACCAAGUAAUAUAAAGACCAGUGUGAACAUCUGUUGUGGAAGUCAGUUUCCUGGUGAUGAUGUGUUAAGACAAGAAGAUAUUUUUACAGAUGUCAACAAAUGCUCAAAACUAAACCAUGAUGUUUGUGGAGAAACAAAUUUGAAUGGAAGUAACAUAAAACAAUCAGAUAUACCUCAGGAUGUAGACAAACCUCACAGUUAUAUAACAUGUGAAAAGGAAUCUGUAACAGUUGAUAACCUAAAACAACAUACGAGAAUACCCACUGGAGAGAGACUGUACAAUAGUGAAUUGAAAAAACAAAUAUAUACUGGGGAGAAACCUUACAGUUGUGUGGUUUGUGGAAAACGCUUUCAAACAAAUAGUGGAUUGAAAAAGCAUGAAAGAAGACAUACUGAGGAAAAACAUUACAGUUGUACAGUUUGUGGAAAACACUUUAGAACAAAUAGUGGAUUAAAAAAGCAUGAAAAAAUUCACAAUGAAGUGAAACCUUAUAGUUGUGUAAUUUGUGGAAAAGACUUUAGAACAAAUAGUGAAUUAAAAAUACAUCAAAGAAUACAUACUGGGGAGAAACCUUACAGUUGUGACUUUUGUGGAAAACAAUUUGGAAGUAACUCUAGCUUAAAGAAACAUGAAAGAAUACAUACUGGGGAGAGACCUUACACUUGUGUAAUAUGUAAUAAACAGUUCACGACAACUAGUGCAUUAAAAUAUCAUAUAAAAAUACAUACUGGGGAGAAACCAUACUGUUGUGCACUUUGUGGCAAAGACUAUAAAAGAAUUGGGGAAUUAAAAAUGCACCAGAGAAUACACACUGGAGAGAAACCUUACAGUUGUACAAUUUGUGAAAAAAGCUUUAUAAUAAAUGGUAAUUUAAAAAAACAUGAAAGAAUACAUACUGGAGAGAAACCUUACAGUUGUGACUUUUGUGGAAAACAAUUUGGAAGUAACUGUAACUUAAAAAAACAUGAACAAAUACAUACUGGGGAGAGACGUUACACUUGUUCAGUAUGUGAUAAACAGUUUACAACAAAUAGUGCAUUAAAAUAUCAUAAAAGAAUACAUGCUGGGGAGAAACCUUAGAGUUAUGCAGAAGACCUUAAAACAAAUGGGGAAUUAAAAAUCCAUCAAGGAACACACUUUGUUGGGAAACCUUUCUAUUGUUUAGUUUAUCCAAAAUGCUUUCAAACAAAUAGUGAUUUAGAAAAGCAUGAAAUAACUUAAUCGGGAGAAAUCUUACAGUUGUGAAGUUUGUGGAAAUGAUUUCCACGGAUUUGAUUUCUGGAUUUUGGGACUUAAUGAUCUCAAACACUCAGUCUCAUAAUUUUGAAUGCUGAAGAAAGUAAUAAUAAAAUAAUUUCUAGUAAAAUAACGUGAUUCUAUUGUAAACUAAUAAAAAGAAUAAAUAAGAUACUGAUAAACAGUUCCAUUUUGUCUAAGGUUUGGUAUUUGUGUAUAUUUAACUUGCAUAUAGAUCUUUUGAGUAGGAACUUUAAAGUAUUGAUGUCAGUCAACAUGUUAAGAAGACGAAGCAUAAGAAGAUUUUGUUCAACCACUCAAACUAAGAAGAUAUUUCUUAAAAUUAAUUAGGAAAUGGUGAUUGAAAGCUGGUUGUUGUAAAGGAAAUAGUGGUUGAAAGUUGGGUUGUUGUGAAGGAAAUAAUGAUUGAAAGUAAAGUUGAUUAUUGUAAAAGAAAUAAUGAUUGAAAGUAAAGUUGAUUAUUGUGAAAGAAAUAGUGGUUGAAAGUAAAGUUGGUUGUUGUGAAAGAAAUAGUGGUUGAAAGUAAAGUUGGUUGUUGUGAAAGAAAUAGUGGUUGAAAGUAAAGUUGGUUGUUGUGAAGGAAAUAGUGGUUGAAAGUAAAGCUGGUUGUUGUAAAGGAAAUAGUGGUUGAAAGUUAGGUUGUUGUGAAGGAAAUAAUGAUUGAAAGUAAAGUUGAUUAUUGUGAAAGAAAUAAUGAGUGAAAGUAAAGUUGGUUGUUGUGAAUCAAAUAGUGGUUGAAAGUAAAGUUGGUUGUUGUGAAAGAAAUAGUGGUUGAAAGUAAAGCUGGUUGUUGUAAAGGAAAUAGUGGUUGAAAGUUAGGUUGUUGUGAAGGAAAUAAUGAUUGAAAGUAAAGUUGAUUAUUGUGAAUGAAAUAGUGGUUGAAAGUAAAGUUGGUUUGAUGAAGGAAAUAGUGGUUGAAAGUAAAGUUGGUUGUUGUGAUAUUAUGCUUUCAUAUUUCCAUGGUUGAAUUUAUAUAUCGUUAACCUUUAACGUGAUUUUAUAGUUCCAUUUUAUGUUUUCAUUGCUUUCCAACAAGGGAGAAAAGUUUUAUAAGGUGUGAAACUUGUGUUGUCAUAAUUAUUUAUUUUUAAUAUUAGUUGUGAUUGUAUUUAGAAGUUCAAGUACUAUAUAAUGAAUGUGACUAUUUCACAAAAGGGUCAGAAACAUAUACUGUUUCU